AAUAUUUCAACUGGGUAAAUUGAACGCUCAUAAAAAUUUUCAAAUUACAAUUAUUAACUGAUUGUGUGUUUCUUUAUUUUUGAACAGAAUCAACUACUCGAGCUCUGUUAUUCAAAUGUAUCGAAUCCAAUUGUAAUGACUCCAAACCUCGUUGACACUGUUUAUCGUAAUCCAUUUAACAACUUGACAGCACCAAUUAUUAUUCUUGACGACGCCUUUCUCGCAAAAGACAUCCAACUGUAUUAUCCAGCUUACCCGACAUACGUUCUAUCAGCAGAUACUCAAGAGCAAUUGGUCAAUCUUAUUACAAAAAUAAGGAAAUCACCAUUAUGGAAUACUGCAUCAGUGUUUUACAUCAUCGGCAACACUGACCAAUCAUGCAGAAAAGCGUUACAAAUGACUUACACAUUAUGGCAAUUUAAAUGUUUAUCAUCGUUUGUAAUAUGUCAAGCAAUGACCGAUAGAUCAUUUUUGUUUACUUUAAAUCCAUUCACCGAUCGAGCACCAUAUCCAUGGGUAAAACAUGGAGUUAAAGUUCCAAAUUCAAGAUUGUCCUUAUACGGACAACUUUUCAUAAAUGAUAAACAAUUAUGUGAUGUUCUUAACUUCGAUAAGACGCAGUUUUUAGACGGUUAUAACGUAAAAUUACAUAAAAGGGUGCCAGGUAAGGAUUUUUUUGAUGAGUACGUUUUUCCAAGAUUAAACAUAACUCCGAUUAUAAGUUAUGGAGAUGAUUCAGAGAAAUUUUUAUUGGCGAAUCGGUUUUAUGAUAUCAGUGGAACGCUGGUAUGUCUCGAUGCAACUGAUAAUAGGUUUGUUGAUAUAGUACCGGGAUUUGUUGAAAGUAGUUAUGCUAUAGUAACACAAAAAAGAAGUUUUUUAUCAUUGUUUAAUCAAAUUCUCAGUGUGUUUGAUGUUAACGAUAUUAAUGCACUAUUUAUCAUUCUCAUACUAUUCAUAAUAGUAAUUAUGUUGGGCAAUGAGUAUCAGAUCGUCCCGGCAUUUAUGGAUGUCUUCAAAUUGCUAUUAAGAAUGGCUAUUGACGCACAAUUAUUUGCGAUAUUGACUCGCCCGUCAUCUUAUGACGUAGAAACACUUCAAGAUUUGCAUGACUAUCAAUACCAUGUAUAUUACCAUUCCUCAUUACAUGAUGAUAUGAUGAGAACCGAAAUUUGGACGACUGUUGAGGAGAUUAAAUAUUUACAUCCCGAUGCUGAAGUACUUCCAGGCCGCUGUUUCGAACGAGCUAGUGUAAAUAAUACAGUUGCGUGCAUUUACAACACUCCGUAUGUACUACGUACUGAUCUAAAAGUAAAUUUACGAGUUUUAAAAAAAUUUUUAUUUAAAGUUAAUUACGUCCACUGGGCUAGGAAAGAGUGGCCCCUCAAAAAAAGGAUUGAUCAGCAAACCUUAAGAGCGAUUGAAUCAGGUUUUGGUGAAAUUAUAGCUCGACGUAGUCGGAAUACAUUAAAAAAAAUGAAAACUAAGGAAAGAUUGAAAAAAAUUUUAAACUAUGACGAAGUAGACGCAAUAGAUUUAGAAUAUGCUUACAUAUUUUUUGCAUUUAUCCAGCUUCUUGCGAUUAUUAUAUUCGGUAUUGAACACAUCAUUGCUCGAUGGCUGCACCCACGACUAUAA